GCUCAUCAACAAGCUGCAGCCGGGCUCGGUGCCCAAGGUGAACGAGCCCGUCCAGAACUGGCACAAGCUGGAGAACAUCGGGAACUUCCUGCGGGCCAUCACACGCUACGGGGUCAAAGCCCACGACAUCUUCGAGGCCAACGACCUCUUCGAGAACACCAACCACACCCAGGUCCAGUCCACCCUCAUCGCCCUCGCCAGCCAGGCCAAGACGAAGGGGAACAACGUGAGUUUGGGGGUGAAAUACGCGGAGAAGCAGCAGCGGCGCUUCCACCCCGAGAAGCUGCGCGAGGGCAGGAACAUCAUCGGGCUCCAGAUGGGCACCAACAAGUUCGCCAGCCAGCAGGGCAUGACGGCCUACGGGACACGGCGGCACCUCUACGACCCCAAACUGGGCACGGACCAGCCCCUGGACCAGGCCACCAUCAGCCUCCAGAUGGGCACCAACAAAGGCGCCAGUCAGGUGGGGACAGGGGGGGACAGGGGGGACACUGACAUCACCAUGGGGACACCAACACCACCACGGGGACAGGGGGACACUGACA